AGCCACGAUGGAUGCGCUAGCAUGUCUGCUGCUGCUGCUGCUGUCCGGGGCCAGGAUACACCAAAACACCGCUCUCCAGUGUUACUGCGAACGCUGCAGCGCCAACUCCAGCUGCACCACCAAUGGCGUCUGUUAUGUGGCCAUCCGUAAGUCGGGCAGUCAGCUGAUCACUGAGCGCAGCAUGUGUGUGCACGAAAGCGAACUGAUCCCACGAGACCGGCCCUUUAUCUGUGCCCCGUCCACCAAACAGGAGACGGGGAUCUACCCCAUGUGCUGCAUCACCGACUACUGCAACAAGAACCCCGACCCCACCAGCUUCCCUGUCCCUACAGUGAAGACCCCCCCACUGGGGCCCGUGGCCCUGGCUGCAGUCAUCGCUGGCCCUGUCUGCGUCCUGUGCCUGCUCCUGGUAGUGGCCUUCUACAUCUGCCACAGCCACAGGGGUCUGGGAGCUGGGGGGGCCGGGGCCCACCACCACCACCACCGGGUACCCAAUGAGGAGGACCCGUCCCUGGACCACCCCUUUAUUACUGUGGGGACAACCCUGAAGGACCUCAUCUACGACAUGACCACCUCUGGCUCUGGAUCAGGGUUACCUCUGCUGGUCCAGAGAACCAUCGCCAGGACCAUCAUCCUUCAGGAGAGCAUCGGAAAAGGCCGUUUCGGGGAAGUGUGGCGGGGGAAGUGGCGUGGCGAGGAGGUGGCAGUGAAGAUCUUCUCCUCCCGCGAGGAGCGUUCCUGGUUCCGGGAGGCGGAGAUCUACCAGACGGUGAUGCUCCGACACGAGAACAUCCUGGGAUUCAUUGCUGCAGACAAUAAAGAUAACGGGACGUGGACUCAGCUGUGGCUGGUGUCCGACUACCACGAACACGGAUCCCUGUUCGACUACCUGAACCGCUACACCGUCACCGUGGAGGGCAUGAUCAAACUGUCCCUGUCCACCGCCAGCGGCCUGGCACACCUUCACAUGGAGAUAGUGGGCACGCAAGGUAAACCAGCCAUUGCUCAUAGAGACCUGAAAUCCAAGAACAUCCUGGUCAAGAAGAAUGGGACAUGUUGUAUCGCCGACCUUGGACUCGCCGUUCGCCACGACUCGGCCACCGACACCAUCGACAUCGCUCCGAACCACAGAGUGGGAACCAAAAGGUAUAUGGCUCCAGAGGUGUUGGAUGACUCCAUAAACAUGAAACACUUCGAGUCCUUCAAACGGGCCGACAUCUACGCCAUGGGUUUGGUGUUCUGGGAGAUCGCCAGCCGCUGUUCCAUGGGAGGCAUCCAUGAGGACUACCAGCUGCCCUACUACGACCUGGUCCAGUCCGACCCAUCGGUGGAGGAGAUGAGGAAGGUGGUGUGUGAGCAGAAGCUUCGACCCAACAUCCCCAACCGCUGGCAGAGCUGUGAGGCCUUACGGGUGAUGGCAAAGAUCAUGAGGGAGUGCUGGUACGCCAACGGGGCUGCCCGGCUCACAGCCCUGAGGAUCAAGAAAACCCUGUCCCAGCUGAGCCAACAGGAGGGAAUCAAGAUGUAGAGCACCACAACAGAACUACAAAACACACACACACACACACUCUGACUGGAAACCAUAUCAUUAGCAUUAAAACAUUAUAUUCAGUAUCAAUGUUAUUCAUCCAUGUAGUUUAAGGGGAGACCCUUCCCCUGGGGGAGGGGGCUGGCUGUUUUACUUUAACUCUACCUAAGGAGGACUCAGGCGUUCACCGUGAACCUAAGGAGGACCCAUGCGUUCACCAUGAACCUAAGGAGGACUCAGGUGUUCACCGUGAACCUAAGGAGGACCCAUGCGUUCACCAUGAACCUAAGGAGGACUCAGGUGUUCACCAUGAACCUAAGGAGGACCCAGGUGUUCACCAUGACUUCACCUAAUCCCACCCACCCUGUCCUGGGUCACAUGACCAGCCCCACACAGGGCUGCUGGGAAAUGACGUGGGCGUGGUCAGAGCUGAGCCAUCCCCUUUUGAUCUGUGCACGAGGGCUGGGAAUCUGAGAUACCAGGUUCAUACCAAACACGUGGAUCCAGCUGCUCUAACCACACAUUAAAGAUACAGCUGUGGCAUGGCACCACAUAAUACCAUAUGGUAUCGUAUUUCAGAACACGAGUCUCACAUACAGUCAGGUGACACAGUUAGGACACGCCCCUUUCAAUCUGUGUUAUCUGUACCAUAUAAAUAUAAAUAUAAAUGUAAAUAUGGGGGAUGCAGAUUUGUAGACCGACACCCAGAUAUGGAGCAGAAAAAUGAAAGAGAUUAAAACUAAAGACACAAAAUUAAACAGAUAAACAAACGAGAUUAAAACAAAAGAUACAAAAUUAAAGACACAACACUAGACAUGAAAUUAGAGAUAAACGAAAGAGAUUAAAACUAAAGACACACAAGGAAAGAUAUGAAACUAAAGACAUGCUUUUAAAGAGGUUGUAAAUUCAGUUGGUUUAUAAUUAAUGUGUGGACCUUCUGUUGGUUUAUAGUUAAUGUGUGGACCCUCUGUUGGUUUAUACAUAAUGUGUGGACCUUCUUCUGUUGGUUUAUAGUUAAUGUGUGGUCCUUUUGUUGGUUUAUAGUUAAUGUGUGGACCGUCUUCUGUUGGUUUAUAGUUAAUGUGUGGACCCUCUGUUGGUUUAUAGUUGAUGUGUGGACCUUUUUCUGUUGGCUUAUAGUUGAUGUGUGGACCUUCUUUUUGUUUAUAGUUAAUGUGUGGACCUUCUGUUGGUUUAUAGUUAAUGUGUUGACCCUCUGUUGGUUUUUUAGUUGAUGUGUGGACCUUUUUCUGUUGGCUUAUAGUUGAUGUGUGGACCUUCUUUUUGUUUAUAGUUAAUGUGUGGACCUUCUGUUGAUUUAGAGUUAAUGUGUGGACCCUCUUCUGUUGGUUUAUAGUUAAUGUGUGGACCCUCUGUUGGUUUAUACAUAAUGUGUGGACCGUCUUCUGUUGGUUUAUAGUUAAUGUGUGGACCUUCUUCUAUUGGUUUAUAGUUGAUGUGUGGACCUUCUGUUGGUUUAUAGUUAAUGUGUGGACCCUCUGUUGGUUUAUAGUUGAUGUGUGGACCUUUUUCUGUUGGCUUAUAGUUGAUGUGUGGACCUUCUUUUUGUUUAUAGUUAAUGUGUGGAUCUUCUGUUGAUUUAGAGUUAAUGUGUGGACCCUCUUCUGUUGGUUUAUAGUUAAUAUGUGGACCUUCUGUUAAUGGAUUCUUCUAAUGCCUCAGAUGCAGGUGAAUGAACCUGGUUCUGGUCCAAACCAGUGCAGACUGAAGGUUCAGAGGCUUUUAAAGCGUUCCAUCUGUGAAAUGAUGAAGACAUGGGGGUCCCAACGUUACCCUCAUAAGUAAAGUAUUAGUUAGAUUUUAUCAACACAUUAGAGUCUUUACUUUCAUUUUUGUACGUAUAUCUGCUCCAUAUUUAGUUCAAAUUCAGAUAUAAAUCCCAGAUAUUUACAUAUCAUGAAGAAGAGUCCAAUGGAAAAGGGGUGCGUCCCAACCCUCACUGAGUCAGUAUAGGAUUGAUGGGCGGAGCUUAUACUGUCAUGUGCAGUGUAUACAUUCGCCAAUCCAUGGAGCACGUUAACGUAGGAAAAUUUUGUCUAAAGGAAUAGUAACACUUUUGAACAGAAGUGCAAAUAUAUUCAGUUGAAUGGAUGGAAUUGUGUUGAUACAAACAUUAAAUAACUGAUGCAUGUCGAUACUCAAACAGUUGAUUCACCCUCAGCCUCUGAACCGAUCAUCUUCCCAGUCCUAGUGUUCACAGUUCUGGGUACGCCCUCAUUUCAUUCAGAGGGUCUGGGUGCCGUGGCCAGGGUACCAUGGCCUGGGUACCGUGGUCUGGGUACCAUGGUCUGGGUACUGUGGUCGGGCUGCAGGGCUCAGUUCCAUUGUUGAAUAAUCACAUGAUCCAAUGUUUCCACAAUUUGAGUCUAAGGGACUCUCAUUGCGGAAACAGUAUUCUGAAAUGAUAAAGGUGAUAAUUUUACUUUCCCUGGAGUACACAUUACUUAUUGACCUAAAUCUGUUUAUCAAUGAUAAUAUUCCCAUUUUGAUUGGUGUUAUUGUAUAGAGUUGUUCAAGAGCUUUAAAAUGAUAUAGAACCGGUCUAGAGGUUCAGUAUAAAAACUGUACAAUAUAAUCCAUUUUAUUCCCCCUACUCCUAGUUUACCAAUCUAUAAUUAAGUGAUGUAACAAUAUUUCUAAGGUCAAAUAUGGAUAGUAUGAACCAGUUAAUCUCAUGUUACCAUAAUUUUUCUGAUAGAGUAAGCCCAUGGGUAUAAUAAUAUAUCAAAGAAAUCAAGAGGGGGGGGGGGGGGGGGGGGGGGGGGGGGGGUUGCAUGAUGACCCUUCCUAGCCCAUGGACUACAUGUGUGAUUACUGGAUCAACACUAUCUGCAGCCCGACUGUAGAACCCAUAGAAGGUGGACCAGGCCUUGGUUCUGGACCCAGGAUAGGGUGGAUGAGUCCUGGGUUCCGGACCUGGGUGAAUGAGUCCUGGGUUCCGGACCUGGGUCCGGGUGAAUGGGUCCUGGGUUCUGGCCCCGUCAUCUGUGUCCAUUUUGCACCGGUUCCGGUCGUUCUCUUGGAUCUGGUUCCAGUUGUCCUCUUGGAUCCGGUUCUGGUUGUCCUCUUGGAUCCAGUUCCGGUGGUUCUGUUGGAUCCCGUGGGCCUCAGGACGGUGUCAGCUCACUUUAAUUUAUUCACUCAGUGUUUAUUUUUUCUGGGGUUUUUUUGGACUUGUGACCUCAUUCAUGCUGCAACAUAUGCAAUAUACAGGAGACGGACGACAGCUCCGCCCACAGCCACACCCACACCAAUCAGCUGCCACCAUGCCUUCCAACCAGCCGUUACCGGAAAGUGCCAGUGCUUUAACCCAAGUCCCCUCAUGUCGCCGGGGAGUGGGGGGGGGGUGCGUUCGGCGUGGGCGUGUCGGAUCCCUGCGGAGCGCCAGCAGCUCGUACUAUGCACAUCUGAGACGUAGGGAGGGAACGCCAGAAGGACACGCCCCCUCGACCCCCCCCCCGGUCGACACUCUCUGGUGCCAUUUCAUCAAACCCCCCCAAACCCCACCCACCUCAGCGACUGCUCAUUGUACAGCUCCUCCUCCUUGUGGACUGAGUUUGGCUCCGCCUCCUCUUAAUUGAACUUUUGUUGGAAAAGCCGUCGCCAUGGAAACGCCCGGCGGCAAAAACAGACUCCACAGACUUGUAAGCAUUACUGAUGUUCCCUCUAAAUGUCAACUCUGUCUGAUUUGUGUUCUGUCUGAAGUGUUAGCGCCGCCGCCGCCGGCAGCAGCCAAUCAACCAUGGGGAUAAUCAGCGGAAAACCCAGUGAGGUCCUUCAUCUAAAUAUAGCAAACGAAGAUUUACCAAGCCAUAGGUUUUCCAGGGCCUCAGUUCUUUUCCUUCUGUUGUUCUGUUUUGUUUUUCUUUUUUUGUGUUAAACUUUUUCUAUUAGAAUGUACAUUUAUGAAAUGAAAAGAUGAAAAAAAAAGAAAAAACUGUAAAAAGGACAGUUUUGUCAUUUCAGCUUUGCUAGCCUUAAGGGACCAACCAAUAAGAGUCAGGAUGUGCUCUGGGUUUGUUUGUUUGUUUUUUUAAGAAAAGAAGAUGAAUAUCUAUAUAUAUAUCUGAUUACUAUGAUAAAGGUCAUGUCAUUAUUAUAUCGAAAGGACAAAAAAAUAUAUGUAGCACAUGAUUUAAGCCUUUGUUUCAGUCCAGUGUCCAGUCCUGUCCAAACUGCCAUGCAUCUAAACCCAGCAGAUGGUCUGGUGUCCAGCAGAUGGUCUGGUGUCUAGUCUGGUGUCCAGCAGAUGGUCUGGUGUCCAGUCUUGUGUCCACCCAUCAGCACUUACCUUUUCAAACGCAGGUCAAAGUGACGACAACACAAGUCCACGAAGAGUCCAGACCUGGUUCUUCACCAGACCUGGUUCUGCCAGACACUUCUUUACAGUAGAAAUCCCACAGCGCAUCUUGAUUGUUGAGCAAUAAGUGCACUUCUGAAGCAGGUUUACCUGGGUGGCAAUUUGGCCUUGGUUUGUCCAUCUGUCCAUGUGUCCAUCUGUCCGUGUGUCUAUCUGUCUCUGUCCAUGUGUUCGCCUGUCCAUGUGUCUGGUUUCUCUUUUUGAAUGCAUUCUGUAUUGAUGUGCUGCUACGUAGUUGGAGCUAACUCUCCUCAGAUGGUCUAAAUCUGAUGGUUCUGUGCCAAACUCCAA